CUUGGUGCUAGAGACAGCACGAUCUCAGCUGCCCUGGAGGAGGCCGAGGCUUGUUGCCUUGGGUCUGGUUUGUCAUAAAGUAGGUAGGUACAUGUGGGUUUCUUGUUAUUUAUGUAUGAGCAGCAUGCAUAGUGGCUCGAGGAGUGGCUAGGAGCGAAAAAGGGCCAGAGAGAGAGCAUGGCGGCUCUCAAGACUAUCCUCUUCAUCUUAGUCAGAUGUUUGUCCAUUGAUGUUGAUACCUUUGCGGAUGGGUCCCCUCCCUCUCACUCUCCCUUUCACUCUCACUCUCCCUCUCACACACACACUCUCUCUCGUAGCACAGCGUUUAUUUUUCUCUCAGCUCUUUCCUUCGCAUGGUUUGGUAGAAGCAACGGAUAUUCCACCACGUGGGAGAAAUUAGUAGUAUCGCACAUGGCACAUCCCAGAACAGACAGGCAAAAGCACGACGGGGCUGCGGGCAGACCAGCCUAGACGGUCCCCGUGUGGAUUAAUUGCCGAUCAUAGUAG